CCCACUCUCUCACCCACCCACUCAACCCUGUCUGCUCACUACCCCCACCCCAUUCGAGGUCUGCUCGGCUCUGGAGCGGCUGGACUCGAUGGGCGUCAUCCCGCAGGGCGAAGCUUGGUUCGUUCCUCUGAGGGCGGUGCUCACGCACAGAGCCAUCUGCUCCAAGUUCUGCGCCUUUGGGCAGGCAAGGCCUCUCUGCGUCUCUCUACACCUGGCCUACAACUUCAUCGCACAGGAGGGCUGGCCCGCUGAAUAUGGACUCAAUCACGCCGCAGUGAAAGUCACCGAACAGCCGCUCCUCAACCCAUCGGAUCCGAACUUUGAAGAGGAACUCAUAGACAUGGUCAUUGACGAGGUGGAGGUAGCACAAGAAGAACUAGGCACCUCUUCUGCCCUAUCGUCAACAUCAUCACAGUCUUCACCACCACGACCAUCAUCAUCGUCAUCUUAUGUGUCUGCGCAGGAUUCUACAGUCAUGAACGCUGAUGUCAAAGAGCUCGCCAAGAUCGUGGGAGAGCCUCCAAAGCAAUCUCUCCGUGGCACUCACAUUGAAACCUCCAAUCAGAUUCCCAACGUGGGGAUGUUGGCUGCAGUUUGUUGCUCCGCACUCUGCCUGGGUCUUCUCGUGCUGUGGAUACUGAGCUCCCGACGCCAGGUGAGGGUACAAAGCGUUGCAAACCGCCUGGGCUUGGUCCGAAUUCCACGUUUCAAGUCGGGGCUGGGCGAGUACACGCAACUCAACAAGGGGCAGGCCGACUGAGAGUCCCCGCACCUCCCACUCUAUCACGCCUACUGAAUACAACGCACUCACCCACUCAGUCACCCACUCACUCACAUUCUCGCCCAACCACUCACUCUUUCACCCACUUAUUCACUCAAUAAUUCGCACGCUCA